GUGGUGGAAAUAAAUCGAGAUGUUGCUGCGUCAUGUACGAUUUCGCGAAGUCUCUGGUGCGAACCGCGUGGGUGGGCGGACGGGUGUUCCUGAAGUGCUUGAAGAAGUCGUUGUUGGAGGAGAUCGAACAGAGUAGGCAACUCGCGAAGGCUCGAUACGAGGAUCAGCGUGAGCGGAGGAUCGCGGAUUCCGGCAACCAUUCUAAAGAGCUGAAGAUCAGUCUGCAGGAGGCGAAGAUGAUCCUCGACGUGACCGAUGAGGUUCAGUUGUUGGAGGAGAAGAUCGAAGAGAAUUACGCGCGUCUGUUCGAUGCGAACACGAAGACAUCUUUGUAUCUGCUCUCGAAGGUGGUGAGAGCCAGGGAACGCAUCCUUCUCGAGCUGAAGACGCGGAAACCUGCGGAACGCAUCAAACAAAUUAAAUACAAAUUAUAAAUAUGUGUGUCCCAUAAAACUCUAAA